GCUUCUUCUCCUUCGGCGGCUGUGAACUUUUCUCUCAGCUGUCAGGCAGCAAAAUCUGCACUUUAACAAGUCAGAAACGGCGUGUCGGCUUCUCUUCACGGGUCACACCUGGAGGUAGCCAGCAGGACAGACUUUCGGACUCUAUGAUUCGACCCCAAAAACAGCGAUAUUUAUUUGUUUUCCGCCGCCAAAUCCUGCAACAUGGAGGACCCAAACAGACCUCAGCGCAAAAUGUCAACAGCAGGAGACAGCCUGUAUAAAAUGCUGGGCCUGGAGAAAGGAGCAUCACAAGACGAAAUAAAAAGGGCGUACAGGAAGUUGGCAUUGCGGCAUCACCCCGAUAAGAACCCCGACAACCCGGAAGCUGCUGAGAAAUUCAAGGAAAUCAACAACGCCAACUCCAUCCUCAGCGACGAGAACAAGAGAAAGAUCUACGACGAGUAUGGAUCCAUGGGCCUCUACGUGUCGGACCAGUUUGGGGACGAGAGCGUUAAAUAUUACUUCCUCAUGUCCAAGUGCUGGUUCAAGGCGCUUGUGAUGUGCUGCAGUAUUUUUACCUGCUGUUGCUGUUUCUGCUGCUGCUGUUUCUGCUGCGGGAAGUGCAAGGCGCCAGAAGAGGAGGAAUUCGCCUAUAUGAACCCCGACGACCUGGAGGCGGAAAUUAGAGAGCAAGAAGAGAUGAGAGCAGCAGGAGAUCCUGUAAUAGUUAUUCAGCCGAGCCCCGCUGCCGCCACUUCAGUCACAUCUUCAGGUGAGAACGUCCCGAUCGUGACUCAGCCUCACGCGACCAACGGCACUUCGGGUCCCGCAGUCAUCGCGCUGGGAGAGAAGUGAAGGAGCGCGCGGUGGCUUCAGACUCCGGACUGCGUCAUUAAACCACAUCGCUGUCGUCGUCUUCAUCAGUAUUGAUCCUUGGUUGGCGAUGAGUAUAAUAAAUGCAGUUUCUGAGUGAAUGUGGCGAAAACACGCAGGACCACAUUCAUCUCAGAGAGGGUUUUUGUUUACAUGAGCGAUUUGAUUGUGCCAUAGUUUGUUUAUUUUUAAGUGCCAACGGGUUUGUCUUUGAUCCAAUCAUAUAUUUAUUUCUUAAACACUUCUUUUUUUUCUUUUUUUUUUUUUAAAUAUAAUGAGCAGUAUCUGGACUGCAGUGACAAAUGACAAAGCCGUGCAGAUCAAAGCCUCUCGAUGAGAUUUUUUUCAUGUUGCACUUUAAAACUGUCAAAGUUCAUGUUAGAAACCUUAAAGCUGCCACGAUGGUCUGACGGUGACUCGAGCUGAAUCUUGAGUCAGAAUGUAAUGUUUUAGUUUUUUAUUUUAAUUAAUUUUAUAAUUUUGAAUGCAACAAAAAAAAGCUGAUUCAGGUUCUUCAGAUUGUUCAGAGGCCAACCACUUGGACACGUCAGAGGUGUUCAGUCAAACUGUACUGUAUAUAGAUACUAUACCUUUAUUAUAUUAUAGAAACAUAACUAAUGAACUUCCUUACAUGUAUGCACCAGGUUUGCAGCUAACAAACACCUUCAUUAUUAAUGCAUCUGCUGAAUACACAUUUUUCUCCAAACCCAAGUUGCCAUCUUAAAAUUGCUUUUUUUCUUCUUUUUUUUGUCCCAACAGUCCAAAAUAUAAGAUUAUGAGGUGAGAGCCGCGAUAAACUCGUUAGUUGAUCAACAGAACAUUAAUCUGCAACUACUUUAAAGCAUUUCAGGCAUUGAUGCCAAAACAUUUAAUGGGGUUCAGCCACUCGAAUGUGAACUUUUUGCUGCUUAUAUUAUAUAUUUAAAUAUCUUUUGGACUGUUUGUUUGGGGGGGGAGAAGCAAUUUUCUAACGUUGAAUAUUUUUCACAUUCACAUGACUAUUUUACAGACCAAGAGAUUAAAAUAAUAUAAAAUGCUUUAAAAUGUCCUCAGUUGCAGCCCUGAUUCAGUUUAUUGUAUUAGAAGAAAAACUCACAUUUAAGUCAAAGUCAGUCGCUGGUUAGUUUUUGUUUGAAUUAAUCGAUUAAAAGCUCAGAUGUACAGUAUACAGUAUUUAAAAAGAUAGGAUGUGAAGUGUUUCUAUCGUUGUAUAUUUGGCUGAAAAAAAAGCCCAGUGAGAAUUAAUCUACAUAGUGAGAGGAGUCGUAGUGUACCUGCUCGUAAAGGUGUCAAGAAUACAAACAACGGGUUGAAUUAUUUUAAGACUCGCACUUAUUCUGAGAUAUUUUCCUGAAAAGCACUCGUCUUUAACUUUACACUAAAACUAAAUCAACAGCAAAACUUUGAUUUAUCGCCACAUGUUUCGAUGAGAUCCAGAUGUUUUCUUCUGUGUAAUAUACUAAAUAUACUAUACUAAAUACAGGAAAUCAUGUUUUUUAAAUGUAAAUUCAGAGAUAUUAUAUUUUUGAUUGGAAGUUUUAUGACACAUUAAGAGUAUAUAAAUAUAAAAAAAGCCUCAAAUGAUGUAAUGACUUCUUCUUCAUGCUGUGUGUUUAGAAAUGUUGUUUUUGUUUGUGUAUGUUUUUUACAGUUUGAUCUGUAAACAGCAAGAUGAGACAAUCCCAGAAAUGUAUUAGAAGUCUGGUUUUGUAAACUUAAAAAAAAACAGUUUUUAACAUAAACAAAUGUGCCUUAUAAUACAUUUAACUGGAAUAAAGUCUUUUCUUUUGAUUUGUUUUAUUUUAUUUCAGGUUUUUGAAUGUUUUGAUCAAAGAUGAAAGAUUAUAUAUAUAUAUAUAUGUAGUUUCAUCAUCUCAACAUUCCUGGGGUAUUUUAUUUUAUUUUUCUCUUUUGAACUUUUACAUGUUUUCAAACUGUUGCUGUAAGAUAUUUUUUCGUCUGAUCAAAUAAAGUCGGGUGAUACUGGUA